ACAGAUUAAGUGUGAUCCGUAAGUUCUGGAAAAGAAAGCGGUACCAGCUAUACCCGCAUCUUUUUCCUUAUUUUAAUCUGUUACCUCAGACGUUACUUCUAAAAAAUGCCAGAAGAAAAUUCAAACGACGAAUUUCCAAAGAUUGAUGUUUCGCUUGAGCAAGAUGGAGGCAUUUUGAAACAAAUAUUACAUGAAGGAGAGGGUGAAGAGAAACCACUAAACGGCGACACAGUGUCAGUUCAUUAUGUUGGUUGUUUAGAUGACGGAACAGAGUUUGAUUCAAGUCGGUCAAGAGGAGAACGAUUUACAUUUGAACUUGGAAAGGGAGCAGUUAUUAAAGCAUGGGAUCAAGGUGUUGCCACAAUGAAAAAAGGGGAGAUUGCCCGCUUUACCUGUCAACCAGAAUAUGCCUAUGGAGAGACUGGUUCCCUUCCUAAAAUACCAGCAAAUGCUACAUUAGUAUUUGAAGUUGAGCUGUUUGAUUGGAAAGGUGAAGAUGUAUCAGAGGACAAAGAUGGUUCUAUCAUCAGGAGUGUAAUAAAGAAAGGAGAAAAAUACAGUAAUCCUAAUGAUGGGGCAACAGUCAAAGUAAAAUACACAGCAUCCUACAAUGGCAAUGUAUUUGAGAAAGAGAGGGAGUUGGAAUUCAUUGUUGGAGAAGGAGAUGAGCAAGGAAUCAUCCCUGGUUUGGAACAAGCUGUGAAGAAAAUGAAACAGCAUGAGAAAUCCAAAUUUGAUAUCAAGCCUUCACAAGCUUAUGGUGCCAAGGGAAAUACAGAGUUUAACAUUCCAGGGGAAGCAACUCUAGUGUAUGAAGUUGAAUUGUUAAGCUUUGAAAAGGCAAAAGAAUCUUGGGAAUUUUCUACAGAGGAAAAGUUAGAACAAUCAGAAAUUGCUAAAAACAGAGGAACCCAUUACUUCAAGAAAGAAAACUACAGCAAGGCAAAGCAGUUCUAUAAAAAAGUGAAGAAAUAUUUAGAAUAUGAAACAGACUUACAGGAAGAAAAUAAAGAGAAAAGGAAUAGUUUAAUGUUAGCUACACAUCUGAACAUUGCAAUGUGUGAAAUCAAACUGGGAGAUUUUUCUGAAGCCAGGGAAGAAUGCAAUAAAGCUUUAGAGUUGGACCCUAAAAGUGUCAAGGCACACUUUAGGAGGGCUACGGCAUAUUUUCAAGUUCAUGAUCAUGAAUCAGCUAAAGCAGAUUAUGAGAAAGUCCUAGAGUAUGAACCAGAGAACAAAGCAGCUAAAAAUCAAAUAGUUAUUUGUGAACAAAAACUGAAGCAGUUCAGGGAAAAAGAAAAACAUAUUUAUGCUGGAAUGUUUAAUAAAUUUGCUGAACGUGAUUCACGCAAUCCAUACUCUGGCUAUGAAGAUGGGCUGGAAAGCAUUGGGGAAUGGCGUAAUGAAAUGGCCGAUGGUAUGAUGACACUUCAGCAAGAGUGUGAGGCAUUUGGUGAAACAAUGCCGGAACCUAAAACCAACAAUCAUGGCAGAAAACACCAGGAAGAUGAUUGACAGGUCUACAAGAUAUAACAAUGGUGAAAGCUUCAGAUGAAUCUAAGACAACCAAGGAGGCAGAUUCUAAACCAGAAGAAAGUGCUCCAAUGGAAACAAGUUAAAAUGGUGGAGGAUUUUAUUUACUUUUAUAAUUAUUAUUGUUGAUUUAAUUGUGAUCUGUAUACUGCCAUUUUGUUUUUGAGAUACAAUUUUGUUCCUAAGAUAUGGAAUGUAUUUUCAUUAAUAAUAAAUUGUGCCAUGAAUAUAGUAAUUUCUGAACAUUGAAACAUUUGUAUGUAAAGGAUUUGUAAUCUGAUCUUUGUUAAACAAGACAUGGAAAUCUAUUGACCUCAUUAUUUUUUAUUCAGUUUGUAAAAAAAACGUCAUACACAAUAUACUUUAUGUGUCAUUACAUGUAUAUCUGUAUAUCAUAUCUUUGUAUACCAUAUCAGCAAAAAGUAUUAUACAUACAUAAUGUAAAGGUAUAUUGUUUACACAACUCUUAAGUUACAGUAAUGAUUAUAUUUUGGACAUCAUUCCUUGUAUUCACAUAUAAAAUAAGGCUGUUUUGUCAUUUUCAGUGUCUUUCUUGUAUGAAUAGAAUUGGCAUUAUUUGCUGUAUUAGAAAAAAACAAUCUCCCAUGUUUCCCAUCAAAAUAAAUAGGGUACAACAAAAUGUUUGUUUCAAUUUUUACAGAAACAUUAUUUUUUGACCAACAUAUAUACUUAUGGCUCAUACAUAUUUCUUUUUUGGUUUAACCUCAUUAUAAAUUUCAAAUUUGAUAUAAAGCAGCACAAUUUUUUGUAAGACCUUUUGGUAAAUACCUGUAUUGUAUCAGCUGAUUACAUAAUUUUAUUACUCAGUUUAUUUUAUUAUUAUUUGUUGGAUACAAAUUCUCGUUUGUUUCGUGUGUACAGGUGAACCACAAAUUUAAAUAUUCAACAAAUUACAAAUUUCCAAAAGGUUUGUAUGCAGACAUUGACAAAACCAUGAAAUCAAAUAUCCAGAAAAUACAAGUUUCCCUCAAUCCACAAAAAUUAGUUCCCACAAAAAUAAAUUAAUCCACCUUAUCAAUAUAUAAUUCUAUGUUGUGCAUUGUCAAAUUGUCUCUUCUACUUCUUAUUGUAAUAUUUGGAGGAUCAUCUAACUACCAUAGCUCCAACUUAGUGCUUGUCAAAUUCUGAUGAAAAUUUGUGCUGAUGUUAGAAAUUUAUUUAUCCUUGUUGACCAAGUUUUUUUGAACUUUUCUAGUGUUUGGUGAUUUAGAUCUCUAUUUGUUGAGGGUACUUUUCCAGUGAUUCUAAAACAUGGGUAUUGGUAUUUGUUUAGUGGAGUAUUGUCUCAUUGAGACUCAUCCUACAUUACAUUAUUGCUCUGCACAAGCCAAUACUGUCAAUUCUCCAAUUUUCCAUUUGAUUAUGGACAUCUAACGCUAUUAUCUUUUAGUUAAACUUCACAUCUGCACUGAGGGGAAACUGCAACGGUGCAACCAAAUAUUAUUGUGUUAGUUUAGACAAACAUAAUAUAUUGGUUAUUUCCCCUUUUUCAGUAAAAGUAUGAACUUCCAGUUGUAAACUUAUAUACCAGUAAAGAAUGAAAAACUUUCUAAAUACAUAUGUAAAUAGUACAAAAUUAACUUAAUGGGUAAUUAUAAAGUUUUGAGGUCGUUUAUCAUUUCAACACAAGAACAGGUAAACCAGAAAUAUCCACCAUGUAUAAGAUAUACAUUGUAAACUGUCUAGAUCUGACAAAUUUCAAGUGUUUACUCAAUGUUUUAGAAAAAAAGUCUUCCAAGCUGACUGAUUGAAAAUUUUCAGUCUAAUAUCAAAAAGCAUCACCAGCUUUUAAAUUACUGUAUUAAAACUGCAAUAGUGUAAAGUAAUUCCCUUGGUUGUUCUGCUUUUUAUGUGCACAUAAAUGAGGAAGAUUUUUGAAAGACAUUUUUUUCUUUCUUAUCUUUAAUUUUUUUUUACAACUCUGGAAAAUCUAGACAACAAUCUUGCACAGGAAAUAUCUAUUUUAAAAAUUGAUCCAAGUUAAAAAAAAAAUAGUGCAUAUGUUACAUUGAACUGUUUACUUCAAUACUUGAAUUGUUAAUUGCAUAAUAUUAGCUGUCAAAAAUGUUGUGAUAAAUCCAUAACUCAUUAGUGUCAUGAAGUAUAAUUAAUAGAAGAAAUCAUUGUAUGCAUUCCAAUAAGUAAACAAUCAUUGAAAUAAAUCUUUUUAUAAAAACA